GAGCGGGUCCACGGAUCCCGGUGCUGCGGCUCCCGGAGCGCAGCUCUCCUGAUGGAUUUACUGCUGUCGGAGAAAAGUUGGAUUUGCUGAAGGUCUCGGAUCCGGAAUGGAGCGCGCAGCAGGGCGUGUGUAGAGGUGCUUCUGGCUUUGAGAGGACUCCCACCGUGAGAGGAGAUGCUCAGAGUGUGGAUACUCUUCUUCCUGAUAGAAGAGGGCUUUUCUCUGGCACAGAGAACUAAAGACUCCCCGAGUGACCAUGGUGGUCAGAGCCCCAACCAGAACGAGUGCGGCACCUGGGUCCGCAACAUCAACGGCGGGGUGUUUACAUCACCCAACUACCCCAACACCUAUCCACCCAACAAGGAGUGUGUUUACAUCCUGGAAGCUCUUCCCAGACAGAGGAUUCAGCUGGCCUUCGAUAAGAAUUACUACAUCGAGCCGUCCUUCGAGUGCCGCUUCGAUCACAUCGAGAUUCGAGACGGACCGUUCGGCUUCUCGCCGCUCAUUGAUCGCUUCUGCGGAGGGAAAAAUCCGGGUCUCGUCACCUCAACGGGCCGUUUCAUGUGGAUCAAGUUCACCAGCGACGAGGAGCUGGAAGGCCUCGGCUUCCGCAUCAAGUACACUUUCAUCGCAGACCCUGAUUUCCAUCUGCACGUGGGCGGACUGUUGAACCCCAUCCCAGACUGUCAGUUUGAGAUUGGAGGAUGGGAUGGGAUUAUUCGCUCCAGCCAGGUGGAGGAGGAGGAGCGGGUGAAGCCUGGAGACGCUCUGGACUGUAUCUGGACCAUCAGGGCCCCCCCUCAGUCCAAGAUCUAUCUGCGCUUCAUUGACUACCAGAUGGAGCACUCCAAUGAGUGCAAGAAGAACUUUGUGGCCGUGUACGACGGCAGCAGCGCCAUUGAGAACCUCAAGGCCAAGUUCUGCAGCACGGUGGCCAACGACGUGAUGCUGGAUAACGGAGUCGGGGUGGUGCGGAUGUGGGCCGACGAGAAGAGCCGGCUCAGUCGCUUCCGCAUGCUCUUCACCUCCUUCAUCGACCCUCCCUGCACUGCCAACACCUUCUUCUGCCACAGCAACAUGUGCAUCAACAACUCGCUGGUGUGUAACGGGGUUCAGAACUGUGUGUACCCCUGGGACGAGAACCACUGCAAAGAGAAGCGAUCGAAGGGACUCUUCCAUCAGAUCACUAAGACCCACGGCACCGUGAUCGGGGUCUCGUCGGGAAUCGUCCUGGUUCUGCUGAUCAUCUCCAUCCUGGUCCAGAUGAAGCAGCCAAGAAAAAAGGUGGUGGCUCGCCGUCCAGGCGUCUUCAACAAGGCUGGCUUCCAGGAGGUGUUCGAUCCUCCGCACUACGAGCUCUUCUCUCUGCGGGACAAGGAGAUCUCCUCCGACCUGGCCGACCUGUCCGAGGAGCUGGACAGCUUCCACAAGCUGCGCCGCUCCUCCACCAUGUCGCGCUGCGUCCACGAGCACCACUGCGGCUCGCAGGCCUCGGUGGCCACGGGCGGAGGCAGCAUGAAGCACAGCCGCACCACCCUGAGCUCCAUGGAGCUGUCCUACCACAACGACUUCUCCAAGCCCCCGCCCAUGAAGACCUUCAACUCCACCUCCAGCUACAAGAAGAGCUGCUACGGCUACAAGCAGCACUCACAGACUCACGACUGCGACCAGCAGGUCAUCGAGGACCGCGUCACCGAGGAGAUCCCCUGCGAGAUCUACGGGCGCGGGGCGGCGGGGGCGGGGCCGGGCGCCGCCGGGGGAGCCAUGGGCGGCGGAGGCCCCUCGGGGAUCGCGGGCGGAGCGGUGGGGAUCGCCGGAGGAGUGGCCAUGGGCGGCGGGAUGGGCAUGGGAGGAGGAGGGGGCAUGGCCGGGCCCAGCGGCAUCGCCGGUGGCAUCGGGAUGGCGGGGGCCUGCGGGACCCUCAGCGUCCGUGGAAACAGCGCUCGAAACAGCACCACCAUAGUGGACCCACAGCAGCGCUCCAUGUCCAUGGACUUCUAGGUGGAGAAGAGGGAGGAGGCCCACCCCGCAUUUAACUCAUUCUGGAAAAAAGAAAGAGGAAGGCGGAGGACAGUGGAAGUGAAGCGUUUCCUCUCCCGUCAUUGGUCUCCACCUGCCGCCAGUUUCCACUCCGUCCGGAGCAGAGGCGAGAAGAACCCCACCCUCCGAGAGCUGCUGCUGACCUCCGGGAUGGAGACUCUGGGUUUUUACAUGUCUUCACCCACCAUGCACAGAUAUAUGAUAUAUGAUCGAUAGUGUGUCUUCUAAUAAUUUAUUUGAGUCUUUAUUUCUGUCAGUGUUCUGUACUGUUCAGACCAGUAUAUAUCAGCCCCAUGACCAUGCUCGGCUUUUAACUCGUUAAUCUUUUCAAUUGUUGCUCAGAUACUUUUAUGGAGGUAAUCAGAGUGUGUUGAAGGUAAUGAUGAAGAUGAAAAUGAAGAUGCUCCACUCGGUCUCUCCUCAGGAAGAGCACAUGAAGCAACGUCCUAUUUUGGUAAGAAAUGUUUAAAAAAAGCACGAGUGUUUUAUAGUGUUUGAGGAGACCAGGCUGAGAGUGAUCAUGUGUGGGAUGUGAAACACGAACUGGAUCCGGAUCGUGACCCCACCCCGACCCCCACCAAACCUCCCCCUCCUCCACCUUUAACAGAAGAAAAUGUAUCUUCUCAAUUUUCCCCUCAUGAACCAAGUAUGUAAAACAAGCACAAGCUGUUUCCUGGAGUGUUAGCCUUUAUGAUUUCAACCACUGGGUGUAUAAUUUCAUUCUGUUGAAUUAAAUGAGAGCUUACCCAC